AUGAUAGCGCGACUAUUACAUCGGUCCUCGUUGCUCUGCCCCCGAUGCAGCUUUCCCCAUGCCCAGACUCGUCCGGCAUGGCUCCCACAACGACAAAUCACCUCUUCACGACCCCUCGGGACGUCGGCCACCCGCGGUGAGCAAUCCAAGAAGGAGCCCGUGGCCAAGCCGUCUGCGAUCCUACAAAAGACGACAACAGCUGCGAAAGCGACGCCGAAAAACAAUGACCCCCUUGCUAUGGCCGACAAGUCGGCGACGGAGCAGCGCAAGGCUGACUGGGCCAUCAUGAAGGAAAUGUCACGCUACCUCUGGCCCAAGGAUAGCUACGGCACCAAGAUGCGCGUGGGGUUGGCCGUGUCGCUCCUCGUAGGAGCCAAGUUGUUAAACGUCCAAGUGCCCUUUUAUUUCAAGAGCAUCGUGGACUCUAUGAACAUUGACUUCGCGGCCGCUGGCGGCACCGCUGCCGCCGUCGCAGGAAGCAUGAUUGUCGCCUACGGCGCCGCGAGAAUCGGGGCCACCGUCUUCCAGGAGCUCAGGAAUGCCGUGUUUGCGUCUGUUGCGCAAAAGGCCAUCCGGAGCGUUGCGCGCAAUGUCUUUGAGCAUUUGCUCCGGCUGGAUCUGAGCUUCCACCUGUCCAAACAAACAGGCGGUCUAACGCGCGCCAUUGACAGGGGCACCAAGGGCAUCAGCUUCUUGCUGACGAGCAUGGUGUUUCACCUGAUACCCACCGCGUUGGAAAUCAGCCUCGUUUGCGGCAUUCUCACAUGGCAGUACGGGGCAAAGUUUGCUGCCAUUACGGCAUUGACCAUGGUGGGCUACACGGCCUUUACGAUCUGGACCACGGCUUGGAGGACAAAGUUCCGAAGGCAGGCGAACGCCGCGGACAACAGAGCCUCGACCGUGGCCGUGGACUCGUUGAUCAACUACGAGGCCGUCAAGUAUUUCAACAAUGAGAAGUUCGAGGUGGCGCGCUAUGACAAGGCCCUCCGGGAGUACGAGAAGAGCUCCAUCAAGGUGGCCACGUCGCUGGCCUUCCUGAACAGCGGGCAGAACAUCAUCUUCUCGUCGGCCUUGACGGCCAUGAUGUACCUUGCCGCGGAUGGCGUGGCCAGCGGUUCGUUGACGGUGGGCGAUCUGGUAAUGGUGAACCAGCUCGUCUUUCAGCUCUCCGUGCCGCUCAACUUUCUGGGCUCCGUGUACAGAGAGCUGCGCCAGUCGCUGCUCGACAUGGAGACCCUGUUCAACCUCCAAAAGGUCAACGUCAACAUUGCCGAGAGACCCGGCGCCAAGGACCUCGUCCUGGCGCGUGGGGGAGAAAUCAAGUUCCAGGACGUGACCUUUGGAUACCACCCCGACCGCCCCAUCCUCAAGAACCUGUCCGUCACGAUCCCCGCGGGCAAAAAGGUGGCCGUCGUCGGACCAAGCGGCUGCGGCAAAUCCACCCUCCUCCGCCUCCUCUUCCGCUCCUACGACGUCCAGGACGGUCGGAUCCUCAUCGACGGCCAGGACAUCCGCGACGUGAAGCUCGACUCUCUCCGCAGGUCGAUCGGUGUCGUGCCCCAGGACACGCCCCUGUUCAACGACACCGUCGAGCACAACAUCCGCUACGGCUCCAUCGGCGCCUCGCACCAAGAGGUGGUCGCGGCCGCCAGACGGGCACGCAUCCACGACAUCAUCGAAAAGUUCCCAGACGGCUACGGCACCAAGGUCGGCGAGCGAGGCAUGAUGAUAUCGGGCGGCGAGAAGCAGCGCCUAGCCGUGAGCCGGCUGCUCCUCAAGGACCCGCCGCUUCUCUUCUUCGACGAGGCCACGAGUGCGCUCGACACGCACACGGAGCAGGCGCUCAUGAUCAACAUCAACGGCAUCCUCAAGGAGAAGGGCCGCACGAGCGUCUUCGUGGCCCACCGGCUGCGCACCAUCUUUGACUCGGAUCUGAUCAUUGUCCUCGAGGAUGGCAAGGUGGCCGAGAUGGGAACGCACAGGGAGCUGAUUGACCGGGCAGGAGUGUACUCGGAGCUGUGGAGUGCGCAGGAAAUGUUGUUCCACGAAGACGGGAGCGAGAUGGAGGAGACUCGCGAACAAAAGGAUCGGGUGGCGGCGCUGAAGCAGUCCUCGACCCGCAAGUAG